UUCCCGUAUCCGCCAACCAGCUUUACACUCAUUCCCUGAGAGAUACGAUCUGGUACUGUUCCUCGCAUUUAUUGCUAAUCGUCACUCUCGUUGAAGCGACUGUGCAAUAUGCCAAACACUUGAUCCAAAUCCCUACCAUAUUGAUUUCCGUUCCACCAGUUCACCACCGUUCGCUGUUUAACUUCCAAUGGCUUUUCGGCUAGGAGCGUGGUGGCUCCUCGCUGUUGCGGGCACGCUCGCUCAGAUCACCAUCACCGACGACAGAACAACGCGGACUGACUCGACUCUGAGUUUGACCGAGGGCACUACACCCACGAGCCUCUAUCAGUCCUAUACAUCUCAGCGAACACAAGAAACCGAUAGCUUCGCGUCCUUCUCGGAUAGCACCGGCUCUGUUAUUACAGACAAUAGUACACAGUCGAUAACAACUCACUCGACAUCCAGCAACUCACUGACGCUCCUCAACGGUUCAAACAAGCCGGCAACAACCGGUAUUUCCGGAAACGCCACGUCGACAAUAUCCUCGGCGCCUGCUGCAACAAACACGCGGCCCUGUAACAAUUACCCCGAGUUCUGCGAUCGUAAAUAUAGCAAUAUCACUGAGGUCGCUUGCCACAACUCGCCAUUCAUCACAACGAACAACAUUGCCGCGAACCAACAAUAUGGUGUAACGCAGCAGCUAGACGAUGGUGUGCGCUUUUUGCAAGCGCAAAUCCAGUGGCCAAGCAAUGAUACCAAGCCGCACUUCUGCCACACAAGCUGUGACAUUCUAGAUGCUGGUCCAAUCACAGACUGGCUGACCAAGGUGAAGAAUUGGGUUGUCGACCAUCCUUUCGACGUUGUCACUAUUCUCCUGGGCAAUGGAAACUAUUCGACACCUGACCUGUACGUGCCAUACAUUGAGCAGUCAGGCAUUCUGCGAUAUGUAUAUACACCUCCCUACGCUCCAAUGAACUUGAGCAGCUGGCCAACCUUGACCGAUAUGAUCUUGGCUGGUGAGAGGGUGGUCAUGUUUAUGGACUAUAUGGCCAACCAGACGGCAUAUCCCUGGCUUCUUGACGAAUUCUCCCAGAUGUGGGAAACGCCUUUCGAUCCGAUCGAUACCACCUUCCCUUGCACGGUACAACGGCCACCUGACCUCGAUCCGAAUAGUGCGAACAAUCGGCUUAGCCUCAUUAAUCACAAUCUCAAUACCCAGCUCUCAAUUUUGGGCGUGGACCUACUCGUCCCUGCUCGCACAUCACUCAACGUCACAAAUAAUGCAAAUGGAACUGGUAGCCUUGGGCUUUCCGCCGAGAAGUGCCUCAGGCAGUGGGGUCGCCCACCAAACUUUCUCAAUGUUGACUACUACAACUAUGGAGGCUUCCCAGGCUCCGUCUUUGAGGUCGCCGCUCAGAUGAACAACGUUACAUAUAAGCGACCGUGCUGCGGUGUGCCAGCUAAUAGUGGUGCGAAGGGCUUUCCCAGCCGAGGAGCCAACAUAAUGUAUCCUCUAGCGGCACUGGUAUUAAUCGGCUUAUCCAUGUAAAUAAAUAUAUUCGCGAUCGAUAAUACUUUAGAAUUUGUUUUAUGCUUCAGCGAUAAUAGGUACUUAGGCAUCGGACAGCCGAUGGGAAUGACUGGCAUGUAGAACAAUACAACAAGAUAGAACUUUCAUUUAUUUCUU